UUCAGAUGCACAGGUGCGCUGGGCUCCUGUUCGUUUCCUUAAUCUUCUGUGCUGCCCUCUCAGAGACCUUCGGGCUGGUUUUGUCCGCUAAAGAAAAAAGGGGCUGGACUAUGAAUAGUGCCGGUUACCUGCUUGGCCCACGUCGUAUUGAACAGCUGCUCAAGGAUAUGCCCAGUGCAAGGGGGAGAGAAGCUCCACCCGGGGAAUAUGCAAUAGACAGAAUUUUUAAUGACAAGCAUGGUCUAGCUGGUAAACGUGACCUACAGCCUGAAGAAAAUAUAAAAGCAGGUGCUUUUGGAAGACCACAGAUCGAUGACAAUGUUGUGCGUACAGUAAUUGAAUUUUUGACCUACUUACAUCUUAAAGAAAACGGUGCUCUUGACAAUAUAUCUACAACAGUUUCUUCAGAAGAAACAAAUCAAUCUUGAAAAGAGAAUGUAUUUAUAUGCUAUUCUAGAUUAAGAUAUCUAACUGGAGUUUUGAACAAAAUAAAAUGUUGUCUAUUGUUUACAUUGAUCUUCUACAUGAUUAUCCAUGAUAAACCUCUAUUUGUCUUUUCUUUUUCCUGUGAUGUCAUAAUGUAAAUCUUUUCCUUGAGAAAUAUUUGACUUUGGAUAAAUUACAAAAUAAAAAACAAUUAGCAGU